AUGCUGCUCCGAGUGCAAGCAUUGACUCCGGAAGUCCGGGCUAUGUAUGCUGAGCAUGGUCACUACCACGAAGGAGAUUCCGGCGUGGAUUUGUUCGUCGUGCAGGACCAGGAGAUCCAACCCGGGGAGACAGCUUUUGUUAAGCUUGGCAUCAAAGCCACUGCCUACACACCGGCAAACGGGGAGAGUGGGGAGAAAAAUGUUUCUUGGCUGAUCAUGCCCCGGAGCAGCAUUUCCAAAACACCGCUCAGACUGGCCAAUUCAGUGGGUCUGAUCGAUGCGGGCUAUCGAGGAGAAAUUAUGGCCGCCGUCGAUAAUAUCAAGACCGUUCCGCACACCCUGAAGAAAGGCGAUCGGAUCGUCCAGGCUGUCGCUUUCAGUGGCGAGGGCAUUACCCUGGAGCUCGUCGAUGAAUUGAACAAGACUGCCCGCGGUGAGGGAGGUUUCGGUUCGACGACUGCCCCUGUUGGCAAGGGGUGCCCCGUCGAGGAGCCCGAGCUGAAGAAGCCCAAAAAUGACGCAACAAAUGAAAAUGAGGUCCCUACAGCAGUUGCUGCUUCAUCUUAA